UCAAUUUAUUUCUCUGAAAGACCUUCCACCGUUUUAUUGUUUACUUCAUAAUUUUCCCAAGUUCAGCGCAAAAAUGAAUUCUAUAUAUAUCAGCCAAGCUAAACCAUAAUACAGUAUAUUCUAUUAUCAUCAUCCGAUUUCGCCACGUCAAUUAAUCAAUCAUUUGGUUGAACUUGACAUAAUGCCACCUACGCGCCGUCGACGGGAGAUGAAGGAAAUUAAGUACAAAGACCGUUUAAUCGCGAGCUCGUGGAUAAGCGAUCUAGCUAUAAACCGCAUCGUACCUAGGGUAGGAUUUUCUGGGCCUAGAGUUCUAAGCGGAGCAGCUGCAACAACAUUCCAUAUAUUUCUAGAGCUUCCGGUAGAGCUCCAGAGAAACAUAUGGCAAUGGUAUGGCAGAAUCCAUGCAAGGACUACUCCCAACGUGAUCAAAAUUUUCAAGCACACAAAAACGGAGCUAGCAGAGGGUCCGCUGCCUCGAGGCGUUAGAGACAGAAAGAGUUUUACAGUAUCUACUAGAUCUCAAGCCGUGGAGUACAAGCUGCCUCCAAUCUUUUUUGUCUGCAGACUUUCAUUCCUCGUUGCGAAGGAAUUGUACGAGAAGGAAUAUCAAGCAAUUCCUAUGGGCACAAACGAUAAGCAGGUGACAUACUACAACGGAGACAAGGAUGUUAUUGUAUUGGAAAGUUUCUAUGUACUCCAAGACUGGAGAUAUAACCGACAAACGGAUUCGGAAUCCAAAGGACUUGUUCCGGUAAAUCCCAUGCAAGCGGCACAAGAAGUAAUAAAUAGAAGAAUCAACGUCAGACAUUUGGUUAUUGAUGGCAUGACACAAUCCCCUUUGACGCAGAAAUUACUAGGAAGAUUUUACGACUGCAAAUCCAUAAUUUUGGGGACGAAUAGAAAGGUUCGCGAUGAAGGGUUUUCCACAUCCGAAUUACACAAAGCCGAUCGUUUGCAUCUCCUCGCAUGUCGGGAUACACUCUUCAGAUACUGGGCACAGGAACGGGCGGGAAACUUUGUGAGAGAGGAUUAUCGGGGCAAGGAAACCCGGUCUGUGGUAGUACAGCCUAGUUGGGAUCCUUCGGAGACAACAAUAUCAAAUCCUGUGCUGUUUUUCUGGGAUCCUUAUGAUAUUUUGCUUAAAGUGGUUUGUAUCACUCUGUACUGUCGCUUAUGUUAUUAAGAAAGCUCUAAUAUGUAUUUAGGAAUAUUCGCAUCCUGCUAUCAGACGGGAAAAUGAGGAAUACGACAAUUCUAAAAGCACGAUCACGUUCAUCAAUGAUUUCAAAUUCUCACAUGAUCAUGUUAGACAAUUUGAGAACCCGUGGAGGACUUAUCUUGGUUGAGACUUGCGAGUUUCUCGGAUUUUGGAUGCCGACGAGAUAAUGUGGAUAAUAGAAGUGUUUAGGAGAGUUGGAAAUCCAAUUUAUUAGCAUACUAUUUCCGCUAUGAGUUCUUCAUUUAAGAUCCGAAUAUCGAGGUAUUUCAUGAUUCACUGCUUGAAAAAAUGAAAGAUUUUGGGUUACA